AUGAAGUUGGCUUUGACGACCGCGCUUUUUCUUUUGUGCUCCACCGGAGUCACCUCCUUACCGACGGACUCUCAAGGCCUCGCGGUCUUUGAAGUUCCUGGGGAUCAUGAAGUGGAACUAGAGAAGCGUCGUGGUGGUGGAGGUAGCCACAGCAGCGGGAGCAGCGGUGGAAGCAGUGGAGGUCGUUCCGGCAGCAGCAGUAGCAGCAGUGGCAGCGGAAGUUCGGGUUCAUCGAGUUCUUCAAGUGGUUCGACAGGCAAAACCGGUUCUACCAGUAAUACUGGCGGUACAACCAGCAAGGGUUCAGGCACAGCAGCAUCUUAUGGCGGCGGAAGAUAUUACGCGGGAGGCGCAACUACACCUUAUCGAGCCGGCUCUUCGGCACUAGGAAUCACUCCAUUCCUGUUACCAGUGGCCGCCGUGGCUUUCUUUCCCGGACUCUGGUACCAUCCCGUCUACGCUUACAAUUACAACCACAAUUACAACUACACCAAUGAGGACACCAACAAGAACACGUCGUUGCCAGUGUCAUGUCUGUGUGAGGAGUACCAGGAGUGUGGUUGCGAGGAUAAUAAUAACAGCACUUAUUAUAAGUCUUUGUUCAACGGCACCCAGCCCACGAAUAAUAGCGUGGUGAGAGUGGCCACGGUCAAUGGCACGGAGAAAAUUUACAUCAACGGCACCCUGGCCAAUGGAACCACUGCUGCUGACAGUUCUGCCGCCUCAGGGGCCAUGGCGACUAUGUUGCAGGCCAGUGGGUAUUGGGCGACAGCGGCUAUAGUGCUUGCUACGGUGUGGAGUAUCUAA